CAGCUGACCUCCAUGUGCAGGAAGCAGCUGCAGGGACACGACCGUCUUCUCUUGCGUGUGAACAUGAGAUCUGCUGACAGGAAGACAAAUCAAAAUAAAAUAAAAUAGUUUAUAUCCACAGGAGCUCAGGAGCUGCUGUCAACAUUUUUACUUCCUCCACCAGAGACGCCGUCGGUUCUGGAUCUGAUCAAACCAAAUCCUGAUUCAUGAGGCUGACCUCACCUCGGUGAGCGUUUUGUUUCUGAAACUGGAGUCGGAGUGAGACGCUCGUCUUUUUUCCCGAUCUUUGGGGCUAACCGACACAGACAGGCAGAGACAGAGACAGACAGCUUCAGUCCCGUGAAGAGAAGCUCCUCAUCCGGGACUUCACCGUCUGUGUGCGAUGGAGGCGAGAGAAAACGGAGCAGCAGGAGGAGCAGGAGGCGCAGGAGGCGCAGGAGCAGGAGGAGGAGGAGGAGGAGGAGGAGGAGCAGGACAGCACCGGGCAGCCAAGCGCCUCCGGACGGAGGAGGAGGCCGGCAGAGAGGAGCUGGAGGACGGAGAGGCGGAGGAGGAGGACUCCGCCGGACGGGAGGCUGCGGGGAGCCGGAGGAGCGGAGGGGAGGACGGCAGACGGGACAGUCACCGCAUCCCCCCGUCCCCGGUCGUCCACGUCCGAGGACUCUGUGACGCCGUGGUGGAGGCCGACCUGGUGGAGGCGCUUGAGAAGUUUGGCAGCAUCUGCUACGUGAUGAUGAUGCCGUUCAAGCGUCAGGCUCUGGUGGAGUUCGACAGCGUGGAGAGCGCCGAGCGCUGCGUGCGGCGCGGCGGCCGCGAGGCCGUGUGUGUCGCCGACCAGCGGGUCUUCUUCAACUUCUCCACCAGCCAGAGAAUCUCCAGGCCCACCAACGCAGACGACCCCGGCAGCGGAAACAAAGUCCUGCUGCUGUCCAUCCAGAACCCGCUGUACCCCAUCACCACCGACGUCCUGCACGCCGUCUGUAACCCCGUUGGCAACGUCCUGCGGAUCGUCAUCUUCAAACGCAGCGGCGUUCAGGCCAUGGUGGAAUUUGAGUCGGUGGCGGACGCUCAGAAGGCCAAGCUGGCUCUGAACGGAGCCGACAUCUACGCCGGCUGCUGCACGCUCAAGAUCGAACACGCUCGGCCCAACACGCUGAACGUCGUCCGCAAUGACAGCAGCAGCUGGGAUUACACCAAACCCCUCGUCCUGCACCGAGAGAGGGGAAAAGGAAGGCAGCGUCAGGCCAUCCUGGGAGAGCAUCCAUCCAACGGCUAUGGCCCACGCUGCCCUCUGCUGCCUCUGCAUGGUAUCAGCAGGUACAGGAGGAGCAGUGAGGAGGUGCAGGACAUGAUCUCCUACCCGCCGCUCCUGCCGAAGACCUCCUCUUCCUCCUCCCUCCUGGGCCACGUUGCCUCCAGCUCAGUUGCCAUGGUGAGCGGCCUCCAUCCCGUCAGGAUGAACUGCAGCCGCAUCUUCAACCUCUUCUGUCUCUAUGGCAACGUGGAGAAGGUGAAGUUCAUGAAGAGCGUGAACGGCACGGCGCUGGUGGAGAUGGGAGACGAGUACGCCGUGGACCGAGCCGUCACUCACCUCAACAGCAUCAAGGUGUUCGGCAUGAAGCUCAGCGUGUGUGUGUCCAACCAGCAGGCGGUGAUCCCCAGUCAGGUUUUUGAGCUGCCCGACGGCAGCAGCAGCUACCAGGACUUCAGUCUGACCAGAAACAACCGCUUCGGCGGCGCACAGAGCAGCAGGAACAUCAUCCAGCCGCCCGCCACUAUCCUGCACUUCUACAAUGCCCCGCCCACUCUCAGCCAACAGCAGCUGCACGAGCUCUGCACUGAGCUCAGCGUUCCCGUCUUCACCAAGUUCAAGGUCUUCGACGCCAAACCAGGCAGCUCGAAGACUCGGUCUGGUCUCCUGGAGUUUGACAAUAAAACUGAAGCUGUGGAAACUCUGACGGUCCUGAACCACCACCAGCUCAGGAUACCCAACUGCUCCAACCCCUUCACCCUGAAACUCUGCUUCUCCACCUCCUCCCAUCUGUAAACCAGAAACAAGAUGGCCGCCGCAGUCCUCUGGUCCUGGUUCAGCAGAGUCGUUUGAUGAUUUUUGUGUGUUUCAGUGUGGAGCAGGAAGUGAUGACGAGGUCUGAAUGGCCUCCUCUGGAGCAGCUUGUUCUUUUGGUUUGCAGCCUGAGACGAAACCUUCUGCUCGGCUGACCAGUUUGAUUAAAUCUCACGUGGGAAACCAA